AUGACUUCAACGACGCCCAUCAAAGUCGAUCGUCACCUCACAACACCAUUCCUUCUAAAGGUUUUCUACAAGGUCAAUUCCUUCCACAGACUGGACGACUUCCGUUCUACAGCCCAGCCAUCCUCCUUUGUCGAAGUUUACACAUGGAAAGACUGUUCCCUUGCUGAGCUCACUACACUCCUUCUUUCCGCCCUCCCUUCCCUUGCCUCGGGCGCUACAAAGUGUUCGUUCCGAUUGAUCUAUGCCGACACAAAGGCGGGACGGUACACCAGCCAGGAAUUGGGUAAUGUUCCGCUUCCAUUAACGGGAUCGAGUGCGAACGGAGCAGGUGGUGGAACCGGGUCGGAGAAACUAUGCUUGGAUGAAGCUCGCUUUGUGGUUGGGGAUUGGAUUGAUGUCUCUGUGACUACGGGGUCCGCUUCAUCGGCUGGAACCAGAGGUGGCCCGACGCCGGGUCCCAAUGGCAUUCGCAUAAGGGGUAGAGGCGGCAUAGGUGGUAGUAUUCCACAAGGCGAUUGGAGGAAAGGGGAGCGGUUAGACGAUGAAGGACCGCCUACACGCGGUGAAGGGCCACCGGGUGUCGGAGGCGGGAGAAGGUUCGGUGGAGGCGGGCACGGCGGGGGAAGACGAGGCGGGCGGUGGUAG